GCCUGUACCCCUGUUCACUGCAACUGUUCUAAAUACAGAAGUUACAUGGAAAUCUGCAUAGUGUCCUCCUUGUUAUUCUCUGCUGAAGUGCUGCUUGUGAAUCAUUUGAGAUCCUGCACCAUCCUGGCCUUGAAGUAGUGUUCUGGCCGACACUCCAGGUUGAGAGCUGUGAGAAAAUACAACUAGUGCCUUACAGUCUUAAUACAAGAGAGUUAUCUCACCUACAUUAAUGGUCCUUCGAGCCGGAUAGUCACAGUCCUUACCCUAAUCAAGAUGGAUGACGAUCAGGAUUUUGAAGCUUAUGGUGCACGUCCACGACRCCAUGUUCGCCCUCCUCUCCGCUACAAAGAUUAUGAUGUUGAUCCCAAGUAUCUCAACUCUCCCAAGCAUGGAUCAGAACGGCAUAGGAUGAUUCACCAGGAGGGAUUGGCCAAGAUGACCCCCCUCACCUCCUCAUAUGCUGCUCCUUCCCUCGCAUCAUUUACUAAAGAUUCUGCCUUCCAUGAUAGAGAGAAGGGCUAUGGACUUGGGAGCCUACUACAUGAGCAAGAGGAGUCUCUAGCCUGGCAGCAACACACAGAAGAAGAACAGGAGAGGGUUUGGAGCAGGACAAAUCCUCACAGCAGUUUUUCACCUAGAAGGGGUAGUGAUACAGCCUUGAGAGCAGAACUAGAGGAACUACGACAUGAAAGGCUGCUCCUCCAGAGAUCACAACAGCAUAUGGCAUCAAACCUGGCAGAUUUACGAGCAUUACAGACAGACAUCCUACAGCUGAUGAACACUUCUCAGAAUCUCACACAGAAUCRACUCAAACAAGCAGCAGCUGCCAACCCUCCUGAGCCUGGUGACAACGAGGAUGAAGAAUGGCCACCUCCACCACCACCUUGCUUAGUGGAGGAUGAGAAAGAGCUAAACAGUCAACCUAUGUUGGGACGCUUGGAUAAAAUGAUGAGUGAGCUACAAAUUCUAAAGGAUGAAGCUCUAACAGCCAACCUGGGUAAGUCCUCUCUAAGCCCUCUAUUGCCACCUUCCUCCAGGCAUAAGCACCCUGGAUUCACCCUCCCAAACAAUGGUCCUGCACACCCAGGACCUCCACUUCAGUAUUCAUCAUCUCAUUCAGCUCCACAUGUCACAAGACUAACCUCCACACCAAAUGGUGGGCCUGUAAACCUAAACAACAUUAGUUCUCAGCCUGUUAUAUACCCACCACCUCCUCAACAUGUACAUCCUGAGUCCAGGACUACAAUGCCAACACAAGUUGGUCCACUUUAUCCAAGUCUCAGUGCAGACACCACCUACCGGGGGCCGCGACCAUCCAUACCACAUCUCUCACAUCGAGACCUUUGUGAGUUUGCCCACCUUAAGAUGGCCCUGGAGAACUUAUUACCCCCUGAGAGUACAGAGCUGUUUAAAUAUCAAGUUUUGUUGGAUCACCUAAAGCUGGAGGAUGCCAGGUUGGUAGCUGAAGCAUACCUCCACUCCCCAACACCCUUCACAGAUACUAUGAUGGCUCUCAAUGAGAAGUUUGGGCAGCCCCACCAACUAGCCCUGAAGAGGAUUGCUACCGUAAUGGACUCACCUGACAUCAGACGUGGUG